AUGAUCACCGUCAACUCGGGUGUCUCCGACAGGUCGACUUCCCCGCCGUCGGCCGCCUCCCAUCGGAACUCUCCCACCAGGUUGGACACGAAGAACUUCAGAUGGAACAGCGCGAAGCUCAUCCCGGGGCAGAUCCUCCGUCCCACGCCGAACGGCAUCAUCCGGAUCUCCUUGCUGCCGGUGAUGUCCACUCCCUCCCCUUCGCCGCCAGGGAGGAACCUCUCCGGCCGGAAUUCCAGCGGAUCCGGCCACUUUUCCCCGUCCAGGUUCAUCUUUGCCACUGCGAAGUUGACGAGGGCAUCCUUGGGGAUGGUGUACCCACACACAGAGAUCUCCUUCGUGAUGGCAUGGGGAAACACAAAGUGA